AAAUGCAGAAUAAAAUCGUAAGAUACAUUGAUGAAUAAUUUUUUCCUUGCGGAAUAUUGUACAUAAUUUAUUUCCAGACGUAAUCUGUAUAGAAUUAUGCAAAAAUAUGAAAAAUUAGAAAAAAUAGGAGAAGGAACAUAUGGAACAGUUUUUAAGGCAAAAAACAGAGAGACACACGAAGUGGUGGCAUUAAAGAGGGUCCGAUUGGAUGAUGAUGAUGAGGGUGUUCCAAGUUCUGCUCUGAGGGAAAUUUGCCUGUUGAAGGAAUUAAAACACAAAAACAUUGUAAGGCUACAUGAUGUUCUUCAUAGUGAAAAGAAACUAACGCUUGUGUUUGAAUAUUGUGACCAGGAUCUCAAAAAGUAUUUUGACAGCUGUAAUGGCGAGAUAGAUCAAGAUAUUGUGAAGUCCUUUAUGUACCAGCUGUUGAGAGGGCUGGCUUUUUGUCACAGCAAUAAUGUGCUCCACAGAGAUCUCAAGCCCCAGAACUUACUGAUAAACAAGAAUGGUGAGCUAAAGCUUGCUGAUUUCGGUUUGGCUCGGGCUUUUGGUAUACCUGUGCGAUUUUUCUCAUCUGAGGUGGUGACCUUGUGGUACCGCCCCCCUGAUGUCCUGUUUGGAGCCAAGAUGUACUCCACUUCAAUAGACAUGUGGUCAGCUGGCUGCAUAUUUGCAGAAAUGACCAAUGCUGGCAGACCCUUGUUUCCAGGCAAUGAUGUAGAGGACCAGCUCAAACGAAUAUUCAAACUACUGGGGACACCUACUGAGGAGUCCUGGCCUGGUAUUAGUCAGCUCCCAGAGUACAAGCCUUUCCCAAUGUAUCAUAUCAGUACAACAUGGAUGCAAGUUGUUCCAAAGUUAAAUCCCAAGGGAAGAGAUUUAUUACAGCGACUGUUGAUCUGUAAUCCGUCUGGUCGGAUGUCGGCUGAGGAGGGAAUGUUACACCAGUACUUCAGUGAUCUCGACCCCUCGAUAAAACUCGCCACCGACAACUCGCUCAUCCUACAGGGGAGAUCCUAAUAGACGCAGCAGCCUACCGUACACGUCUCCAUCCGUUCUAGUCAAAUCAUGAGCAAAUGUGGCCUAAUUUGGGCAAUUUUACAAGAUAUAUAUCUGUACUAUGUGACAUUUGUUUUACAUGAAAGGAAAAUGUAAUAUUAUUUGUAUGUCUUGAUGGGUACAUUUCCGUGAAGGUAGCCUCAAAGCUAGUGUACAAAAUAUCUGCAUAGAUCCUUGAUGUUUAUCAAGCUGAAUAUGGGCAUGCAUGGCAUUCCAUGUCUGUGUGCAUUUGCUACAUGUACUAUACCCAGCGUCUACUAAAAGUUGGGGAUAUCAAACUGGGUUUGUCUUUCCAUUUGUCUUUUAGUCUUGUUGUUUGUAUGUAACACUUGUUUCCAUGCAAUAAUUUAUAGAGCCAUUAACCUUUUAAAAUGAAAUUUGAUAUCACAACUUCUUUUGACAUAAAGAAGACCUUAAUUUUGAGGGCUAAUGUUCAGAGGGAAAGAUCAUAAAUUUUAACAUUCUGUCAGUGUAUAGCAUUUUCAUUAUGUGUAAUAUUUUAUAAAAGCCUUUGAACUUUUGCUACGAAAUCUUUAUUUCCUUUAGGCAUAAGGAGACUCAUUGAUCAAGAUCAGAGAAACUAACAUCUCAGAGGAAAAUCUAGAUAAAUAAUAUCCUUUUUAUUUUGGUCAAAGUCAGGGUUAUGAAUUGAUACAUUCGGUCUGUUUAACACUUUUGGUCCCUUCAAUAUCCUAGAAAGUUUUUUACUACAUGUAUUUGCAAUUGAAUGUUAUGCCAUACCAUGCCAUAUACAUUUGACCCAAAAAUUUUCUUUGAGGGCAAGGUUAGAGAAAUGUUUAUUGAUAUAUGGUUUUCAGAUAUCACUACCGUUGUCUUUAAACUUUUGCAAUUUUCAAUGUUUAAAAUUCAUGAAAUUAUUUGGCUAGAUGAUCACACUACUAUACUAUAUGUUUAGAUAUUUAUUUGUCUAUGUGAUAUGUUAUAUAUACAUUGUAUGGUUAUUCAAAUUGUGAUAUAUAUAGAAGUGUUGUAAACGUUUAAUGUGGUCAUGUAAAAAUAUGAUCAGGUAGAAUUUUUAUUUCAUGUUUAAAAGUACUCAUGUAAAACAUGUAAAUCUUGUGGAAUUGUAAAUGUAAAUGUUCAUGGAAACUGUAAAGGUGUGGAACAAGUAAUGUGUAGAUAUUGUGUGUGUAAAUUAUGAAUAAUGUCAAAAAAUCACCGAAAAAUAGAGCAUAAUGUGAAAUGGGAAGAUAACUUCCUGCUUUAAGCUCUUUCAUAAAAAAGUUGCUUUUUAUGUUUACACGAAUACAUGGAUAUUUUAUUAACAAACAAAAUGAAAAGAGCACACGUUAUGUUAAUGUGGAAACAUCAAUAUUCGGUAGCAUCAGUUUUUGUGGAUUAAGUAAAAAUCUCAGUUUUAAAGGUACGUAAAUCCGUGGCUAAUGGUCCAACCCUAAUGUGUUAGGAGAAAUUGCAUUUCAAGGAACUUUUCAUUUUGUGUAUCGACCAAACAAGGAAAUCCGUAAAAAAUCAGUUUACAAACAAGGAAAUCCGUAAAAAAUCAGUUUAUUCAACGAAUGAAAAAGUGAUCAAAAGUGAAUCUGUCCAAGUUUUGUAGAACCAAGAUAUACAAGACAAUGGAUUUUUUCUUUGAGAUAACUUUAUACUAUUCCCAAUGUUAAUGAACGCUACGCAGGUGACAUACAGUCUUUAUUUAUACAGUAUUUUCAAUGUAUUCACGUAUGCCUAACCAACGUAUUCCCUUGUCACCACUGAUUGAACAGUGGGAACAAUCUGGGAUUACAGUUAUUUAAAAGUUUAUGCGUAGUUCAGAAAUAUGUUUUUGCACAUGCUCACCAUUUUGAUCAGUUACUGAAGUUCUGGACGGAGUGAUCGAUUGCUGUUUUCUGUGCUGUCUUUUAACAUCGCAAUUCUUUGCAGUUGUUCAAAACAGGUAGUACCCAGCAAGUGCCCGAAUCAUGAUACUGAUUUCCUAUCAGGGGUCGUACCUUUAGUUUGAAGAUAUGUCUGGUUAGGGUUUUGAGAAAAUGUAAGGUUUUGUCAAACUUUAAAUAUGUCUUUGCACUGAAUUGGGAUGGAAAACUUUAUUUAUGUUUGAAACUGUAAAGCAUUCAACUCUGUAAUACUUUGCCCGAAUGGGUUUUAUAAACUCUAGGCUGAAGUAAGGCAUGUCCUCUAUGCUUCAAUGAAUGGUCACGAUUUAUGUCAAAUUUUAAUUUUCUUUUUUCAUUGUUUACAACGUUUUAGUUACGUAUUUUUAAUGAUCAACCAAAAUUUGAGUGUCAGUCGUAGAGUGAUAAGCAAGAAACAGCGCUCACAUUUCUUUGUUAUGUAAACAAGAUUCAUGCCAUAUUUUUUUUUCUACAUUAACUCAAUAAACCGGGAAAAACUCUUUUUCAAGCUGAUAUUUCUAGUAAUUUCUAGUACAUAAUUUGAACAUAAAUAAACAAAUCUCGGCCUUUGUCACAUUCAUUUUAGGUCUAAACCUGGAAUUUUCCUAUCAACAUUCAAAAUGUAUAAACGAAGACUUGACCUGGCUUUGUUUACGUAACAAAGAACUUUAAGCUCUCUAACUCACUAAAAACUGUACGACUGAAACUCAAAUUUUGGUCGACUAUUAGAAAUGCCUUUCUAUAGCAUUGUAAACAUUAAAAACGGAAAAAUCGUAACCAUGCCCGUUUACUUCUUUAAGGCAGAUAUAUUGUCAAUAUGCCGUUCGUCUUGAGUCAUUUUGCCAUGACAUAUACAUGAAAUUAUACAUUUUUGUCUCGGUGCUCUGAUUCAUGCACCCAUUCCAAAACUUUUCAUUUAUUUUCAGUACAUAUUUUCAUUCACAAACCUACAUGUAUUCUGACACCCACUCCCCUGUGGGUUGUCUUUGCAUAAUGUUUUUAGCUAAAAAAGAAAAGAAUUAUUUUAUACUUUCCGUUACUGUUAUUUAUGUGAUGUUUAUAUAUGGAAGUAAAUGACAAUAAAAACAAUUUUAAAAAGAGUUUAA